CUUUAUCACUUUGAGCAAGAAUGGCAGCACUCAUCUUUGACUUUCAAUACUGCUUCAUCAUAACCCUUCUAUGCCUCUUAUCACUCCUAUGCUACUAUUUCAUCUUCAAGCACCCUAAGAACUCACGGCUUGUUGCCUAUGGCUGUGAUCUGCCUCCAAGCCCUCCAUCACUUCCGAUCAUAGGCCAUCUUCACCUUCUCCUCUCUUCCCUUGCUCACAAAUCCUUACAGAAACUGUCAUCCAAGUAUGGACCUCUCAUCCAUUUUCGCGUCUUCAACUUCCCUGUUGUCCUUGUUUCCUCGGCCUGCGUGGCCUACGAGAUCUUUAAGGCUCAUGACUUGAACAUCUCGUCUCGUGACAACCCCUCAAUCGACGAUUCCCUCUUGAUUGGAUCUUCUGUCUUUGGUAGUGCUCCUUAUGGAGAUUAUUUUAAGUUCAUGAAGAAGCUCCUGGUUACUAAGCUCCUUGGACCGCAGGCACUUGAGCGGUCACGAGGCAUCCGAACGAACGAGCUAGAGCGGUUUCAUUCAAUCCUGCUUGAUAAGGCGAUGAAGAAGGAGAGUGUUGAGGUUGGAAAGGAAGCAACAAAGCUCAGUAACAACAGCCUCUGGAGGAUGUGCACGGGGAGAAGUUUUUCGGAGGAAAAUGGUGAGGCUGAGAGAGUCAGGGGAUUGGUUACUGAGUUAGAUGGCUUGACAAAGAAGGUGUUGUUUGCAACUUUGCUGCGCACGCCCCUUGAGAAGCUUGGAAUCUCAUUGUUUAAAAAGGAGAUCAUGUGUGUUUCCAACAGCUUUGACGAGGUGCUGGAGAGGGUCCUUGUGGAACAUGAACAGAAUUUGGAUGAGCAUCAAGAUAGGGACAUGUUGGACGUCUUGUUGGCAGCUUAUGGAGAUGAGAAGGCAGAGCAUAAGAUUACCAGGAACCACAUCAAGGCGUUUUUUGUGGAGAUUUUCUUUGCAGGUAAUGACACCUCAGCACAAUCAAUACAGUGGACAAUGGCAGAGAUUAUUAACAAACCCACAAUUCUUGAGAGGUUGAGAGAAGAAAUUGAUUCUGUGGUAGGGAAAACAAGGUUAAUUCAAGAAACCGAUCUACCAAAACUCCCCUAUUUGCAAGCGGUGGUUAAGGAAGGACUCCGAUUGCACCCACCAUUGCCUCUCUUUGUAAGGACGUUCCAAGAAGGGUGUAAGAUUGGAGGUUUCUACAUACCAGAAAAGACAACACUUCUUGGUAAUGCUUAUGUUAUGAUGAGAGAUCCGAAUGUCUGGGAAGACCCUGAGGAGUUCAAACCAGAGAGAUUUCUACCUUAUUCAAGAUUAGGGGAAGGAGAGGAAAGAAGAGAGAACACACUUAAGUACAUUCCAUUCGGGAGUGGAAGAAGAGGUUGUCCUGGAUCGAAUCUGGGUUAUAUCUUUGUUGGAACCGCAGUUGGAAUGAUGGUGCAAUGCUUUGACUGGAAAAUCAAAGGAGACAGGGUUAACAUGGAUGAGGCUGGAGGACUAAACUUAACUAUGGCUCAUCCCCUAAAGUGCACUCCUGUUCCCCGAAGCCAGGGUUUACUUGCUAAUCUGCAGAUGCCCUCAAGUUCGUAAUUUUCAGAUGUCUUUGAACCUCUGAACUCACAGACAAAGAAAGGUCCUGAAAUUUCGUUAAUCUGGUAAGGAAAAUCUGCUCUAAGUUGUCAUUGUUUCAAUUUACUAUGUUUUUUGUUUGAUAAUCACGCUGUACUGUAUGAUACUAUAAAUUGUAUGUACAA